AUGUCUAUCCCAACAAACAGCUCACCUGCAGAGGCCAACGGCUUUCACAUUAGCCCGGCCCCUGCGGAAAAGACGACAUACCAGAUCAAGGAGGAGCCCAUGCGCAAGCCCCGUAAGAUCAAGGUUAUUGCCAUUGGUGCCGGUGCGAGCGCACUCUGCUUCGGUCACGAGGUCAACAACAGCGAUCUUGACAUUGAAUUUGUUGCCUACGACAAGAACCCUGUCAUCGGUGGCACAUGGUACGAGAACAGAUAUCCAGGAUGCGCUUGCGACAUUCCUUCCGUCUGCUACCAGUUCUCGUGGGCACCCUCUCCAGACUGGACCACUUACUACUCGGGCUCCCGUGAGAUUCACCAGUACUUCUUGAACGUCGCCAAGGAGUUUGAUCUUUUGAAGUACUGCCACGUGAACCGCCUCGUCACUGGAUGUUACUGGCAGGAAGAGUCCCAGACAUGGCGUGUCCGGGUGCAGAAGCUCGACAAGCCGGAUGAGUUCUUCGAGGACGAGUGCAACGUUCUGUUGAACGCUACUGGUGUGCUGAAUGCAAACUGGGACCAGUCUGUCGACUUUAAGGACAAGACUAUUGCAGUCAUUGGCGCCGGCUCAUCCGGCAUCCAGAUCAUCCCUGCCCUGCAGCCCAUUGUCAAGAACCUCAAGGCCUUUGUGCGGAGUACGACAUGGGUGACAGCAGGCUUUGGCCAGCGCUUUGCCGGACCGAAUGGCGCCAACUUCAAAUACUCGGAUGAGCAGAAGGAGGUCAUGCGGACGGACCCCAAGAAGUACCUGACGUACCGGAAAUUUGUCGAGUCAGAGCUCAACGGGCGGUUCAGGCUCAUUCUGAACGGCACCAAGGAGCAAGAGGAGGCACGAGAGUUUGCCAUCAAAGAGAUGACGAGGAAGUCGGCCAAGAAGCCCGAAGUUGCCGAGCAGCUCAUCCCCAAGGGCUACGAGAUCGGCUGCAGACGGCCAACGCCCGGAAACGGCUUCAUCGAGGCCCUGUGCGAGGACAACGUGGACUUUAUUCGCGGUGGUGUCAAGAAGAUCACCGAGGAUGGCCUUAUCUCCGACGAUGGAACCGAGCACAAGGUUGACAUCAUCGUGUGUGCCACCGGAUUCGACGUCACCUGGAAGCCGCGUUACCCGACAAUCGGCCGGGGUGGCCGCAGCCUGAGCGAGGAAUGGAAGGAUGCGUCCCGGACAUACUUGUCUAUGUCUGUUCCUCAUUUCCCCAACUACUUGAUCUUUAACGGUCCCUUCGGUGUCUAUGGCCACGGCAGUAUUCUCCCGGUCAUGGAGAAGAUCAGCAAGCACUACAUGCAGAUGAUCCAGAAGAUGUCAGACGAGUGGAUCACGGCCUUCGAGCCAACAGAAGAGGCCACCGAGGAUUUUGCCGAGCACCGCCGUGCUUUCAUCCCACGGACGGCCUGGAGUGGCUCAUGCAACUCGUGGUUUAAGCAGGGCAGCGUCAAGGGCGAAGUCAUGAUGUGGCCCGGAUCCCGGGUGCACUUUUUCGACGCCCUGGAGACGCCGCGGUGGGAGGACUACCGUCUAACCCGCGCCAACCACAACAGAUUCUACUAUUUCGGAAACGGUCGUGCCGAGCGCGAAUUCGAUGGACACGACCUGAGCUGGUACCUCGGUCUGCUCGACGGCGUGGACAAGCAGCCAAUCUACCGGGAGGAGGAUGUUUCCGAGUUUCUGGCCCGGUAG